AUGCUGGCGGACCGUCCUCCUGUCUCCUCCUCGCGGAGCACGGUGGAGGCGUCCUAUGCCUCUGCUGGAGCUGUCGCGUGCUGUACCUACAAGCUGCCAUCCCCCACAGCGAGGACGCUGGCCUCCCUAGCGUCUCCGCCGGAAUACGCCUCCUUUUGCCGCUCUUCGUCGUCUUCUGGGCUUCUUCCGCAUCUGUUCCUCGCCGGCACGAGCGCAGCAGACCAGCGCAGCAACCAGCUUCACGUGGUUGGGUACGUGGAAGAGACGGGCGAAGUCGAGUGCAGUUGCCGCCUGAUUCAUCCGCCAGAAAUUCACGCCGUCGCGCUCGUUCCUUCUCUCGACAGUGUCUCUCUUUCGCGCGACGACGCACUGGAGGAGACAGCGGGAACGAAACGAGAAGAGCGGAGAGGAGACGAAACAGACGGCCAGGCAGGGAGAGAAGAGAGGUCGACGGGCACGGUCUCCUUCUUCACUGCCUUCCCAGAUCCUGGAACGCGAUAUGCCACGGAUCGGUGCGUGCUGUGGCGAAGCGGCGUCGAGUUUCCGUUGCCUGCCUUCGGCCUCCUGGACGGAGAAGAAGGCAGGGAGGAAUCGCAACCGAGGCCUCGCGCCGCCGCCAUCCAGCCUUCGAUCGUCUCCGAGCUCUCCUCAGCUCGCAAGCGCUUCGACCCUAUUCGAAAAUUGGUGGUCCCCCGAGGCGACACAGAAGGCGGGGUGGGAGCGGAGACGGCCGCAGCACGAGGCUCCGAAGUUCUGGUGAUGAUGGAGGGGAGAUGCGAAGUGUUCAAAGCAACGGACGCCUCCUACGAGACUUGCAUGCUCCUCCCGGCGGACAGUCAGCAUCGCUUUUCUGCAGUCACUUUCGAUCCGCACGAGCCUCGCACCAUCAUCGCUGCGCAGGCGCGAGACGACAGUCUCGGCGGCUUCAACGUCUUCGGCAACGGGGGCACUUUGCGCGUCUUCGACGUCCGCGAAAACGGUCCCCCGGUGUCUCCGGUUUCUUCGUACCAGACAGGGACGGGGCGCGGCGCGUGCGCAUGCAAUCCUCACGGUCCGAUUGCGGCUCCGCUGUCCAUCGACUGUAACCCGAAUCUUUCCUUCUCCUUCGUCACUGGCACGGACAACACAGUCAAGCUUCACCACGCCGAGCCCCUGGGCGUGAGCAAGUCUCCACUUUCCCCGCACACGAUUCUCGACGAGCCGCCGGAGAGUGGAAAGGAAAAUCCUUUUCGCCUGGAAGGUGCCCACGGCGCAGAUGCCGGCGCAGGGGACGGCCGAAAGGAGAGAACGGAGCACGCGGAAGACUCCCCGGAACUCAUUUCAUCCUAUGAAGGCAGCGAGGAUUCUGUCGUCGCAGUGGCUUGGGCUGCGGACGACGCUUGGGCGUACGCGGCUCUCACUGCAGAAGGCCGCAUUUCCUUCCACCAAGUUCCUCCUAAAGAAAAAUAUCGAAUUCUUCUCUAA